AUGAACUACGGUGGUCACCAAUUCCACCCUCAGCAGCCGCAGCAGCCUCAGCAACAGCAACAUCAAGGUGUCCAGUCCCAACACCCGUUGGGUCCACAGCCUCAACGUCAGCAUGCCCAGUCGCCCUUGCUAGGUGCGGGGCCGCCGCUGCCACAGCAUGGCAGUCCUUUCCCGGGCAACAAGCCAAUUUUUCGGGGGCAACCUCAGCAGAACUUCGCUGCAUCGCAAUCUCCGGAUACGCGCAAGAUGACCCCGACGUCGGGGUCAUUAGGUGGGUACCCCACCAGCAGCAGUUUUGGCCAAUUUCCGGGUCAGUUUGCGGCGCAAAGCUCCCCAGAUAUGAUGUCUCGCAACCCGGACCCUAUGGCACUGCAUAAUCUCCAGCGUGGGUUUAAUCCAAUGGCCCACCUGCGGCCGCAGCCGGGGACAGCUGGUCUCACUCAUGGACAUCCCAUGAAUGUUCCUUCGCCGCAGCAGGGCAUGAACAGACUGCCCCACGCAGCCAUGCAACAAAGGGAUAACCAUACCUCGGCCAGUCCGUCGAUGGCUAGCCCGUCUAUGUUUGCCUUGAAUCAGCAGCGACAGAUCCAGCCACAGUCACAACCGCAGUCACCUCAGCAGACACACCAACAAUUGCAACAGCAGAUUCAACAGCAGCAGUUCCAGCAGCAAAGGAUGGAGCAGCAGCAAAGGAAGGAGCAGCAAAAGCAAAUCCAGCAGCAGCGUUUAGAGCAACAGCAGCGCUUAGAACAGCAGGAAUUGGAACAGCAAAAGCUUGAUGAGCAAAAGAUUUUCGAGCAGCAGCAGCAACAGCAGCAACAGCAGCAGCAGCAACGCCUAGAGCAACAGAGGCUCGAGCAACAAAAGCAGCAUCAGCAACGGGUGGAGCAGCAGCGGCUUGAACACCAGCAGAAGCAGUUAGAGCAGCAGAGGAUGCAGAAAUUGCAGCACCAGACUCAGGCGCACAACCCAUUCCAACAGCAGUCACCUUUUUCCCAACAUACCCAGCCUCCAUUCCACCCAUCUCAAUAUCAACAGCAUCAAGCUCAAUCCCAUCAGUACGCCGCACAUCAGACGCAAUUCUCUCAGCCACAGCAGACGCAAUUCCAGCCAUCUCCGCACCAGGCUCAGUUCCAGCAUUACCAGGGACCGCACUCUGCUGCCGUGCCUUCGUCCCAGCCACCUGCACCUGUUGUCCCUACGGUAACGGAAAGCCCAGUGAUGAAGCCUGACGAGGAAAGUCCUGUACCGAAGAAGAAGGGCAAACCGAAGAAGGCUGCUCCGGCUCAAGCUCAGCCUGUUCAAAACCAGGCUCAGCCUCAUGCUCAGCCUCAAAUCAAUGCCCCAAUGGCCGUUCCUACCGCUAACCCCACACUGGCUAACGGACAAGGGCAGAUGCCCGCCGUGGCCGCAGUUGGAGGUGACCAGAUUGCCACUCCGCCAGCGAAGCGUCGUCGGGGACGGCCUAGGAAGGAGGAAGUCGCGGCCAGGCUUGCUGCACAGGCCGCACAGGCUGCUCAAAACGGCGACUCUAUACCAGGAGUACCUCAACCAGGACAGGCUUCAUUCACUGCGAAUAUGACGCCGACUGCUCCAGGCUCCGCGGCACCAAACACCACAACUAAGGGGACGCCUAUUCUGGGACCGGACGGGACUCCUUUGAAGCGAAAACGUGGACGUCCUCGUAAGGCUGAUCAAAUUGCAUGGGCAGCUGCAACGGGUCAGCCCUUACCACCCCCUAAACCAAGGAAGCCAGCUUCGGCCAAACCAAAGGCACCUGGCACGGGCCGACCGCGUGGGAGACCUCGUAAGGCUGAUGUGGCCGCUGCAGCUGCCGCCGCCGCCGCCGCCGGUGGAGAUCAGUCGCAGGCAGAGCCCACCAAUACUCAAUUGGGUGAGAGCACGGAUACGACGGCGGCGCUGAACCGUGCGACUUCUUCGAUCGAUGAAGAAGCGCGCCAACGGACCUGUCCGACACCACCGCAGAUGCUUCAAGGCCAGCCUCUGCCGCAACAGCAGAAUCUCCACAUGUUCCAACAGAAUCAGUCUUCGCAGGCGCAGGCAAAUCAGCAUAUUGGGCAGCCGCAAGUCCAGCACAUGCACCAGCAACAGAACCAACACAUGUCCUCACAGCCUGGUUCUCACUUGCCGCAUAGCCAAUCCCUGCCCCAGCAGCCUGGCCAACCGCUCUCUAUGCCACACAUGCAAAUGCACCACCAUUCUCCUGUCCACCCCCCGCGGCCCCUUCCGCACCAGCCAUAUCUUCACUCUCCGAUGCAACAACAAAUGCAGCACCCGAUGUCGUCCGAGUCUCCUGUUCACGGCAUGCCGGGACAACCACGCAGACCUCCAAUUCCACAACGCAGCCAGGCCCCUCCGCCGCCCGCACCACAACAUGAACAUCAGCAUACCUUCCAGGUCCAGAUGCAGCCACAACCAACCUAG